GGCCAGAUUCUCCCCAAAAAUUGCAUAAAAAAAAAAGUAAAACUCAAGUCCCCGAUGCCGGAGAAAUCCCCGCCUAAAAUGAUAAAAUACAACAGCCCCAGUGUGUCCCCCCGGAUCAAUUCCGACCGAUUUUCCAAAUAAAAAAAUCCCCCCAAAAUGUCAAAUCUCCGCUCUCCCCCUCUCCCUCUCCCCGACCACCAAAAUAAAUCCCCAAAACUAUCAUUAAUUACCAUCGAGAGAGUAACCAUAAUCUUAACAAAGUGAUUUGCAUAAAGAAAUAUUUGUUUGUCAAUUUUAAUCUCAACCGCGUGACUCGAAGAGAAGAUCGACGAAAACGUUGAGCAUCUGCCAAAUUGCAAAAAUACAGGUGUAAAAAAUUCGGGGAGGAGAAUCGAUUAAACAAACGUACGAUACAACAAUCAUGAGAAUGACAAAUGAACAAACGAAAAGUUUUAAUAAAUAAAUCUAAAAAUAAUGACGACAAAAUUGGAAUUGGAAUUGCGCUGAAAAAUCUGGUGUCAUCGUUAGAGAUUUAAUGAUGAAUUUUAAUUCCUCUAGUUGAUCUGUUCAGACUGACAAAAAUUGAUCCAAGAUUUGAGGGUCGAAAAACAAAUGACUGAUAUAACUGGGACAAAAGGGAUUAUAAAACGGAAAUCCUCGCUUUGUAUUAAAAAUUCGUAGAUCCGAUUUGUCCAAUUAAAUGGAUUAGCGAUUAUCUGUGCUCAUGAGAACAACGAAUUGUGAAUAAUCUGAUAAUAAAUGAUAGAAAUUCUGGAGCCAGUGAUUAUUUAAAAUAUAGUGGUGAGAAAUUGCCAUUUCGACGGUGGAACAGUUUGCUCAAGGAAUUUUUAACAAUCUCAAAAUAGAAAUGCCAGUGAAUCUUGAUGCGAGCGAAAUGUCGAUUGAGUCCUCAACUCUCGGGGUAGACUCGAGUGUCAGGAUGUUCCAGGAUGCAGAAAUGGAGAGCAGUCAUGGAAACAUGACGUACGACAACAACGAAACCUUGAGAUUGUACCCCAAUGUAUCUAUCAACGAAGAGUAUAUUUUCGACCGAAUUGAUAUCAGGGUCAUAUUCAUUACGCUUUACUCCAUCGUAUUCUUCUUCUGCUUCUUUGGAAAUCUGCUGGUGAUUCUGGUAGUGAUGUACUCCAGACGAAUGCAGGGAAUAACGAAUUUUUUCCUGGCAAAUUUGGCCCUGGCAGACUUGUGCGUUGGUAUAUUCUGCGUCUACCAGACACUGAUAAAUUACUUGAUGAACUGCUGGAGGCUGGGUGAUUUCCUCUGCAAGACGUAUAUGUUUGUACCAGCGCUGUCGUACACCGCCAGCAUAAUGAUCCUUGUCUUGGUCUGCGUGGAGCGAUAUCUAGCCAUCAUUCACCCCAUAAAGUGCAGAUCAAUGCUCACGAGAGGUAGGCUGAGGGCUAUAGUAGCUGUUGUCUGGAUAUUAGCAGCUAUUUAUGCAUCACCAAGAUUCAUCUACGUGGAGACGUACCACCACGAGCUCAAAUCUGGAAGUCUCGACAUCAUCUGCAUGGCCAACAUGAAGAAGCACAACAGAAAUGUCCUCGACUUUGUCAAUCUCAUCCUCCUUUAUCUUAUUCCUCUGUUUCUUAUGUGCUGUCUGUACACGAGAAUUGCUAUUGGCCUUUGGAAAAGUAGUACUGCUUUCAGUGGACCUGGACUCGUCGCCAGGACGAGGAAUGGAAGGGUCCAACAUGUUCACGCUUCCAGUAAAAAUGUUCUCAAAGCUAGGAGAGGCGUUAUCAGAAUGCUGAUAGCAGUGGUGGUGAUGUUCGCAGUUUGCAAUUUUCCUCAACAAGCUCGUCUGCUAUGGCGCCAUUGGGAUUCAGGUUACGAAAGUAACUCCCACUUCAGUACAAUUCUAACAGUAUCAACAUUUCUCCUGUCCUACCUAUUAUUGAUUCAUAUUCGAAUUAUGAGGCUUUUUGUCAAGACUACGGAUUUUAUUGUGAAUAAUCACAGGAUUUUGCAAGAGAUUUAAUCGAAAUUGCGAUUUACUAGUCUAGUCUUGAGAUAACAAUAAAAAUGUGAACAUGAAAUUGUUUAUCGGGGAAUUUCAAUGUUUUGGAAAUGUUCUCUCGAAGUAGCUGCCCCUUUGCACUCGUUUCCCUGGAAAGCACUAGAAUUUUCUUAAGAAUUUCCUCGCGGAUGUGAUUCGCGUGAUGAGAGAAAAAGCUUUCAAAUAUCACUUCGCCAUUAGGAUGUUAUUGACGAUCGAUUCUUCGAAUUAUUUAACGAUCCAACGACUUGCCAUUUUCUAGUGAGCAAAGAAAAUAAUCCUUUUUCCUGGUAAAUAAUUAUUAUGUACAAGGAAUUUAAUAAAAAAAUUCAGUGAAUUCACUAGAACGUUCCCAGAUAUUCCCAGUGCUUUAAAAAAUAAUCUACAAGAGAUAAGGAUUCAAAACUAAAAGAGAAAUAUACCAAAAGAAAAAUAGAAUUGAGUCAACAAAAUUCUUUACUCAAUAUCUUAAUAAAAU